CGAUAUUAGAUUUCAAAGGGGGGACGCGCGCGCGUUGGUUCCGGAGGGCCCAGGGAACAUGUUAUACCGGUAAGGAGGAAGAAGCGCUGUCAUGAAUGAUGACUGACGGCGAGCCGAACAAGAAAUGGGAAGGCACGGAUCUAUCGACGGGAAAAAUAGGCACAAUGAUGUUGCACCCGCAGCUGCAACAACCAGGAAAAGGACCAGAACCAGAACUAGGAUGCACAGUCACACGACCUGCGAGGACGAUGGCGACGAAGACCACCGGAGCGGAAGUGCGAGCGGCGGAGGCAAGAGCGCUUGGUAUCCAACGACUCUCCCACAUACGCGGAAGGGCAACGUCGGACACCGGUUGCAUCGCCGCCGCAUAAUCCCGUUGCUGGCCAYGGGCAUCGUCGUGCUGGUGAAUGCCGCGUGUCUUUCCCGCUUCGCUCCCCAAUCGUACGAUUCGGUGGUGGAAGCCGGAGCCGAAGCCCGCGCUGCACCCCGCGGUCGCCUCUUUUAUUGCGGCUACAAGUUCCCUCUCGUCGAGCACGUAUUUCCCGGGUACGAAUUCGUGGGUAACAAGCCCUGGGCGCUCGAGGACUCCGGCUCGGAGGACACAGACACCAACCACGACAACGACAUUUUGGUGGUGGGCCUCUGGGGCCCGUCCUGCAACGACGACGAGGGCGACGAGCGCACCUCCUUUUCGGGGAAAAUUCUAUACGUCAACGGAGAAUCCCAUGGGAACCCGGUGUCGAACGCGUGGUGGGAGUGGGAGUGGGACAAUGAAAACGGAAACGGGAACGGGGGCAGCAACAGCAACAGCACCGAUGCCAGGCACAGGCUCGACAAGAUCUUCCAGCUGGGACCCUAUCCGGUGCGGCAGGAUGAUCUUUCGCCCAAAGACCGUUUCUACAACGAACACAGCUUGGGUGUAUUUCAGAUGGCCGUGGCGCUGCUGGGCAACGUGUACCUGCCGAAAAAGCUUUCCGUCGAGCUCGACCCCGCGGACGUGAACCCCUUUCUCGAGCUGAAGGACGAARAAGAGUCCGCGACACCGCAGAAAACCAACGCUGUGUCAUUCGAUGGGCUGAAGCAACUGGCGGAGGGCAACGGCUACGGGGAAGGUUACAAAGAGCCCUACGAGCGGAUUCCCGCUGCGGUGUACGUCUCCCGAAACUGCGUCGGCUUUCGGCAGUCCACGGCCGAGCUCCUGGCGAAAACCUUUCCGGGCCCGAACGCGGGGGUCCAAGGCGGCGAGCGCGAUCAAUCCGGCGACCGGCACCGGGGGCUGCUGGAUGGGAGCGAGGUCCCGGACAACGACUUUGCCGGUCUACACGCGAGGGCGGUGGCACUCAACAGGAAGAACCAGUCAACCGGCCUUCUCGAUGAUCGGAUCAAACAGCACCUACAGGCAAUCGCAGAACGGGAGACUUCGCAAGACGAAGUGCCCGAUYCGGGGGUCCCACACAGCAAMCAGGAAGACACCGACAGCGUCGACGCCCUCUCCGAGCACCGGCGCGAGACCGACGAAACCUCCUUUCUCCACUACGGUGGGGAAUGCACUGUCGACGGGGGGAUUCCGGUGCCGGAGGACGCACUCGAACUCGAAUGGAGAAACAACGACCGGACCUCCUUCCGGACGAACUACCUAACCAUCUACACCCGUUACAAGUACUGCCUGGUCAUGGAGAACACCCUCCAGGAGGGCUACGUGACGGAGAAGCUCCUGUACGGCCUGCUGGGCGGCUGCCUCCCCAUCUACUACGGAUCCAGGGAGGUAUACGACAUUUUUCGGGCGGAUUCCUUCGUGUACCUCGACCCGUACAAUCCGGAGACCGGCCUGGCCGAGAUCGAGCGGCUGGAGCAGAACCCGGACGAGUACGCGAGGCGGACCGACCGGAGCCGGCCCCUCCUGAAAGCGGGAAAGGACGGGACCACGCUCGAUACRCUGGACCGGUAUUUCUCGCUCCUCCCGGACAUUGGGACCGGGAAGCUGUGCCGGGAGCUCCACGAACGGAUGGGCCUCCCCGUUCCGGAGGGCCUGGCACCGGAAGCGCCGCGGACCAAAUCGUGGGUCUGGUGGUAAAAGCAAGCAGCGGGGCGGGGCGGGGCGCCGAUGCAACGACACGGAACCAAACUCGCACAAACCAAGACUCCGAGAUGGUCUCGUGGCACCUGCAUUCGCGCACAUCGUGCACGCCAGCAACCGCUCCCGGCGUGGGUCUCAACCGCAACAAACCAAAUGGCGUAUUGGCUGCAUCCCAGUCUAUCAAAAUGGGCAGGUUUCACAGAGAUCCUUGCAMCCCGGACCAUGCAUCGUUCCACACGGAUGGCGUUUGUAUGAUAGAAACAAACCAAUCGUUUCAUUCCGAUGAUAAAUUUUAAAUUGAAAA